CAUCACCGUGUGCAACAGCGACCAGACCUAAUUUCUUCCAUUCUUCGAUCUUCAUAUCAGCUUGAAUUUGUACAGGCAUAAUCUGGCACGAUGUCGCAGUGGGGCCAGCCGGGAUUUCAGUAUCCCAUGUCCACAGGCUAUCCAGGUCAACAGUUUCAGCCUGGCCAGAAUCCUCAAUUUCAGCAACAACCCAGUUUCCAGCCUGGAGGAAUAGCUAGUGGUGGUUUUCAGCCUGGUGGAAUUGCUCCACAGCCUACCGGGUUUCCAGGCGCACGACCACAGCAGCCUUACCAGCAGCCUCAACAGACAGGCUACCUGAGCCCGGGCCCCUCUAGACUGGGUGUCUUGCAAGCCCAGCCUACGGGUUUUCCAGGUGAGAGUAGCUUUGCGCAGCAGGCUCGUCCGCAGCCUCCACCUGUUCCGCCCAUUCCAAGCCAAUUCCAGCAGCAGCCUCAGUUAUACCAACAGCCUGGGUUCGCAAAUCCACAGCGUUUCGGAGGUCCGUCUCCUUCAGGAUUCGGUGGAAACCCAGGUCUCGUACCCCAGCCAACCGGGUUUGCGGGUCGUACUCCUGCGCCCUUGAUCCCCCAAGUAACUGGCUUUGUAGAUCCACGGUUGCAAAUGAUGUCUAGCUCGUUCUUACCUGCCAAUAUCUCUGCACCAUAUGGUGCAGGAGGAAUUCCCCAGCUUGCUGCCCCUCCCCAGCAGCAGUUGGGUGGUCUAUCUUUGCAGCAGUCCUUCCAGCAACAUAAUCAAGCACGAGGCAUAGGGUCUGCACCCAAGAUCCCAUGGACGCUCUCCAAAGCCGAAAAGAAGCAAUAUGACCAGAUUUUCAGAUCCUGGGACGCCCAAGGCACUGGUUUCAUCAGCGGUCAGACCGCACUCGAGGUCUUUGGCCAGAGUGGAAUCGAAAAGAACGAACUGGCUCGCAUCUGGACCCUUGCUGACGCUGAUAACCGCGGCAAGCUCAACCUUGCUGAAUUCCAUGUCGCAAUGGGCCUGAUCUACCGCAAACUUAAUGGCAAUGACAUACCUGACGAACUCCCAUCCGAACUUAUCCCUCCAUCCUCUCGAGAUCUUGAUACCUCUGUUAAUUUUCUCAAGGACAUUCUCAAGAAUGAUACGCGCGCCCGCUCUCCAUUGGGUCUCGACACUCCUGUCUCACGUCUCAAAGAGCGUUCUUUCAAUUCUACAUCUGCACCAGGUGCUGGCGGGCGACAAGAUGCUACAGUCUACAAGCAUACCGAUGCAGAGCCCCCUGGCGGGUUCUACCAGCCCCGCAGCAGGCACAUCGAUCGCAGCACUGUGCGCUCGCGUAAUGAAGACAACAGCCCUGCCGCAGACAUGUCUGAUAUAAAGCGUCAACUUGCCAACACGCAAAAGAUGCUCGAUGCAAGCGCAGUAGCAGAUGCGGGCGAUGACGAACUCGAUCGUGAGAUGGGCGAUCUGCGGUACCGCAUCAAGCGUCUGCAAGAAGAUCUGGAUUAUGUCUCCCGCGGUCCAAGGAGCGCGAGCAAAGAGGAGGAACGUAGGAGGUUGGAGAGAGAGCUUUUGCAGCUCAUGCACGAGCGUGUACCUGAGCUCGAACGCAAGAUCGAGGACCGCCAGGCGAGGAAAGAGAGGGAGAAUCGCGAGUAUGCCAGAGAGCGUGAUAGGAGGAACGAGAGAUCUGGUCGGUUUGACGAUACAGAUGGCGGGCAUUCGCCUUCCUUGGGCUAUCGAGAUGAUGACCGUGAUAGACCUUAUUCUCGCAGUGCAUCGAGGUACGAUAAGGAUGACAGAGACUACGACAGGGAUAGGUCGUACCGUGACCGCCAUGAUGAUCGCGAUGUGUCGACAACAACGCGUACUCCGCCGCCACCGCCUGCUGCUCCGGUAAACAACAUAUCGCAACCACCACCACCGCCACCAGCCACCAGCCGCUCGCCUGCUCCAGGAUUGAAACACAUGACACCUGAAGAGCGUAAAGCAUUUCUUCAAGUACAAGCGAAGAAACGUCUCGAAGAGCGUAUGCAAGCUCUAGGUCUUUCUAUGCCAUCGUCGACUGUAUCAUCUACCUUGGGUGUCAGCGUUGAAGACAGACUCGCUCAGGAGAGGAAGGAAGCGGAAGAGAAAGCCAAGGAAGCUGAGAGACAGGCUGAAGAGCGCGAGAGACUUAGGAGAGAACGACUUGAAAGCGAGAAGGCUCUUAGGGAAGGCAAGGCGACUCCUCAGCCUACGCCUGCUGCCCCAACACCUACUACUACCGCCCCACCUCCUGCCCCUGCACCCAAGAUUGCGUCACCAGCUCAGAAGCCCCGUGCACCAGCACCGCCCCCACCAAGGAAGGGCUUUGCUCUUCGCCCAUCUGCGACUUUAUCUUCUUUGCCCUCGCCUGCUCCUGCUCCUGCUCCUGCUCCUGUAAUUCCCACACCAGCUCCCGUAGCACCUGCUCUUCCACCAGUACCUGCUGUACCCAAAGAAGACCCAGAGGAUGCAGAUUUCAAAGCCCGUGAGGCAGCACUUCGCCAGAAACGAGAAGACCACGCUGCCCUCCUCCGCAAGCUUGAGGAAGAAGAGGAGGAGGCGCGUCGCGCUGAUGAAUUAUACCUGGCACGCCGAAAGCAGUUCUUGGCUAGUAAAUCUGCCGUGUCCCCUAUCAUGCCUGCUACACCUACAUCUCCUGUCCCCCCGCCGCCGCCUGCUUUCGUUCCUGCUCCGCCGCCGCCUGCUCCUCCAGCAGAGCCCAAGUCUGGGCCCGAUGAAGUGGCGCCUACUAUUACUACUCCACCACCGCCACCACCGCCCGCACCGCCUGUAAAUAAGUCAAGUACCAAUCCCUUCAGUCGAAUGAUGAAGGAGGGGGGAUCUACUGUUUCAACCCCUGCAGCAAGCAACGGUAGCAGCAACCCCUUCUUCCUCAACAAUCCUGCGCCUGCGCCUACCACACCCGCUCCCCCUAAAAGUCCUGGACCUUCGAGCAAAUCGACCUACAACACGGCUGGAGGUGAUAGCGAAGAUGACUGGGAUAACCUAAUGGAAAACGAAGAGAAUGAUAGUAGUGAUGAGGAGUUGGGUUCAAGGGACACGCGUAUGGGUUUGGCGCAGCAGCUGUUUGGGAACUUGUUGCCUUCAAGGCCCCAAUCUGCUGGACCUGAGAAGUCUCGAAGUCCUGCACCUCUGCUACCAGCUUCUGCACCCCCUGCACCUCCUCCACCACCCGCACCCACUGCACCUCCUCCACCAUCUGCACCAUCUGCACCCCCACCACCAUCAGUCAAUGUCGCACCCCCAGCUCCAACUGGUAAUCACAGUGCCCUCUUGAACGCUAUCCAAGGAGGCGCAAAAUUGAGGAAGGCUGUUACUCAUGACCGUAGUGCUGCAGCAACCUCCGGCAAAGUCAUCGGCGAUGUUGCUCCUCCUGCUCAUAUCAAUGCUGCACCCCGUCCGGCGUCGCCCCCCGCUGCUAUCGCCCCUGCAGCAUUUGUGCUUCCUUCACCCCAAGAAUCCACUGCUGAGGCACCCCAGAUGAGCAGAGGGUCGACUUCAGGACACAGUAAGAAGGAAUCAGUUGACUGGUAUACUGGUCUUGCUGCUGACCAAGGCGCUGUACAUCACUUGCCGACUACUAUUGAGGAGGAUGAGGAGCCGGCUGAGGAGAUAUCUGUGAUGCCAGAGAUUCAAGCGUCUGAGGCAACGAUUGAUAUGAUGGAUGAUAUUGAUAGGUCUACUGAGUUCCGUGUGUGGUCGCUUUACCCGUAUGAGGGACAGAGACCUGAUGAUCUUAGCUUUCUUGAGAACCUGAUCAUUACUGCUCAUCCUUCCAAGACAGGAGGCGCCUGGUGGUAUGGCACCAUCGUGAAGGAUGGCAAAUCUGGAUUCUUCCCACAAACAUAUGUACAGAAGGUGGAACCAGUGAAAGCAAACGCGUUGUACUCAUACGCAGGGGAGGGCGCAGAUGAGCUUCCCUUUGCCGAAGGCGACGAACUCUCCAUCAUAGAUAGAGGCGAAGAGGAUUGGUGGAAAGCUGAACGAGACGGAAUUGUCUUCAUCGUGCCGGCUGCUUACCUGGAGAUAGUAGAGGCCGCCGGAUCUCCACCCCUCCUGCGCGUGAACCCGCAUGAGAAGCCGUCGACUAACAUUGACAGUGCCGAACGUCCUGAUAUAUCGGGGGCGGCAGCUGUCAGCGGAUCACCUGAUGAGGACGACCACGUUGACAGGUCUUCCGAUGAGGGCGAGGACUAUUAUUCGAUGGACGAAUCAGAUGACGAAUCAGAAGGGUCUGAAGAUGGGACUAUUGAGGACGAACACGCUCGAGAACUUGAACGUCAACGAGUAUUGGAGGCGGCAGGCCUGAUUGUAGAUACGAGCUCGAGUGUGACAGCGCCGCCUAAUCCCCCAGUACAGAAGCGCCGCCAUCCACCCGUGACUCCUCAACGGGUUUCCAUAGCACCAGUGGCUUCGAAGAUUCUUCCGCCAUUGCCGACUGUUGACUUGACAGAUACUGAGCUCGAUUCGACGUCUCAUCUGGACGACGCUUUCGAUCGGUACGAGGUUUUCAAGAAGACGAAUGGAAGCUUCAGCAAUAGGAUGUCUGUCUCAUCCUUUGAUACCUCUCCUUCGUCACCGCCGCGCUCGCCCGCUGUGUCUUUGGCGCCUAGUCUCACACAUCGAGAUUGGGAGAGUCGUACGUCGCAGUUUUUGAGCUUUUUGGGGAGACAUACAAAUAGGUCGAGUACGCCGGAACAAGAAAAGAAAACGUUGGUCAUAUCUGGUCCUAUCGUCAAUACGCCUGCUGGUGGUGAGACUGGAGAUGAGAGCCCUAGUUUUGGCACGUCAUGGGCGAGCUUAGUGGACAAGUCGGCACUUGAGGGCAUUCCUAAGAUGGAGCGGCGACGACAAGAGGCAAUUUUUGAACUUAUUUCUACCGAAGCAGAUUACGUUCGCGACCUGCAGCUCAUCGUUGAAUUGUUCUACUCCCGACUUAUGGGCACGCUCGGAGAGAAGGCGACCACUGUUAUAUUUGCCAACAUUGAAGACAUAUUACUCACUAAUACUACAUUCCUUUCCGUUCUCGAAGAACGUCAGAAAGACUGUCGGCUCUAUAUCGACCACAUUGGCGAUGUUCUGGAGACUCACAUUCCUAACAUGCACCUUUAUUUGUCGUACUGCUUGAACCAGCACAACGCUGCCAAGGUUCUUCACUCCAUGAGAGACAGUAAUGCUGACCUUGCUACUCAACUUCAGCGCCUCCGUGAUGACCCUUCUGCUCGAAAUCUUGAUUUAUCACAUUAUCUCCUCGUACCAAUGCAACGCCUCACCCGAUACCCUCUCCUAAUCCGCCAAAUCCUUCAAUACACAGAUCACUCCUCAACGACUAAUACCUCCAUCCACACCGUAACUAACGGACAGCCUCCAGGAGUCUCCAUCCAGCUCCCAGGCGAUGACGAGGAACGAAAAAACAUCAGUACUGCUUUGAAAGCAGCACAGAAAAUUUUGGAGCAUGUGAACGAGACGAUACGGGAGCAAGAAGGGAGAGAAAGGCUGGGUGAGAUUAGCAAGGAUCUGUGGAUUGGACAGGGUCACCUUGAUCUAACCGCUCCAACACGCCACCUGGGACCGCGAAAGCUUGUGAAGGAAGGGAUAAUAAGCAAAGCAAAAAGCGGACGCAAACUUCGUCUGUUCCUGUGCAGCGACAUUCUCGUGCUGACUCAUGAAGGAGGAAAGGGUUUAUAUCGUGUUCCCAUACCUCUCAACGAAGUGCAAAUAAAGGGGUCGAGAAACGAGCGAGAGGACUCUCUGCUUCGCCUACACCUUACUUACCCGCGUGGUGGCGAUACCAUUGUUUUGCGAGCGAUUUCAACCAAAGAAGCUCUAUCAUGGAAGGACGCAAUCGAGCGCGCUAGUCGAAGAGCCAAGGAUGGAGAGCGACGAGCUGUAAAAGCUCUGCGUGCAUCAUCAAAGACGGACCUACAACUUUAAUAUCUACAGACAUUUUAUUAGACUUCUCUGCUAUUGUUAUGAUCCCAUAUUAACUGACAUUCAGCUACCCAUUCCUAAGCAGCAUCUUAUCAAUUCUAUCUCAUUGCUGUGACCAUGGACGAUCGUGCGAUGUCUGCAUAUGUACUUGAAUUGUUCUGAAGUGAUUCAGCAGCUCAGGCUUUCUGGUUGUGCAGCGACUCCCCAUUUGGGAUACCCUUAAUACGCUACGGUACAGCAAAUGAGCGCCCAGUUGUCUCGAUGCUCAACGU